AUGCCGUGGAUGGGCCUGAUUACUGUUGUCAGCGCGAUCUUGCUGGAGGACAUGGCAGGUGUCCUGACAUAUCAGCCGAACAGCGUCCGCAGCUUUGCGAUAUUGCUCUCCUCAGUUUGCGGCAUGCUGGCAAAUGUCUCCUCGACCUGGGUUCUGGGCUUGACCUCUCCCAUCGCUCACAUCCUGCUGGGUCAGCUCAAGACGGUCUCCGUUCUUCUCGGCGGAUUUCUCUUUUUUGAUGCUCGGCCCGGCCUGAGAACUCUGCUGGGUGCCUUCUGUACACUUGUGGCCAUCACCAUGUACGCCUUGAGCAAGACCUUCAAGAGCGACAAGGAAGCCACGAGCUCUGCGAGCACCCGCGUAGACUGCGACGACGAGGAAGCGGCCCUUAAGGCUGCGCUUGCCGUGGCAGAGGGUGCCGUACUGUACAUACAGUUGGACAUCAACUGCGCACGGACGCCAAAGCAGCUCCUGUGCAAGGUUGGUGCUGCAGAUGCCGCCUAUUGGGAUGCGGUGUUGGAAGGUCUGGCCAGUGCAAUCGUUCUUGCUGUCCCCUCAGCCCUCACUCUGGGGAUUCUUAGCGCCCUGGCAAUCAAGAGUGCAAGCUUGUGGCCAUUUCUCUGGGCAAGCUCGCUGGAUCAGAGUAUUGAUGCUGUUGGUGUCAUGCUGGCAGUGCUUGCAGAUCUCACGCAGGAGUACAAGCCCGAGCGCUCGGCAACGCUUGGCCUGCUAGGCGCCUUCGUCACAGGAUACCUAGUUUACUUGUUUGCAAUGUGCACCCAGAGAUUUGCCUGGCAUACCAUGAAAGUCCGAGGCUUCUUGCUCUUCCUCCUGCCUGAGACCUCUGAGACUGCUGAGGUCGAGAGCCCCCAAGGGAGGGCGGCGGUGUCGGGCCGCAUCCCAGAGAUGCUCCAGGAGGGCGUGAACAUCUUACGCCGCCACCACGUCCUGCAGCGCUUGGCACUUGUGCUUUGUCUUGCAGGUGCCGGGUUCACAGCCCGAAACCUCUUCCUCAGGUUUUACCUUGCCAGCAAGCUGGGAGCAGACAAGGCCGACUUUGCGGUUCUGCUUCCAGCUUCCCUCCCGGGCAAGAUCGUCACCUUCGCGCUGAUUUUGCCAGCGCUAGUACAUACUUGCGGAGAACUCGCCGCCCUGAAGGUGGCCCUUCCCAUCUCGGGGGUUCUCACUCUGUGCAUCCUCGCCUCCGACGCCUUCUGGCAGGUCAUAGUCUGCUAUGCAGUCCUGGGUGGACCUGCGCUGAUGUUCGCACCCCUCAUGUCAGCCAUGAAAGCGAACCUCGUCGGUGAUGAGGAGCAGGGAAAGGUGCAAGGCGUGGUAGCAGCAUUGAGGGCCCUGGCAAAUGCCGCUGUCGGCUUUCUGCUGGGGAACGGCUUCCAUGCAGGCAGCCAGCCGAUGCGAGGUGUCCAGGCUGGCCUUUUCUUGGUCGUGUUGCUGGAAUUUGUAGCCUCCCUCGUGGCGCUGACUUUGCCCAACAGUUACAUCAUUGGUGAAUUUGCAAUCGCAUCAUCGGUGGUUGCAGGGGAAGAGAUCAGCGACACGGAGCUUGUGUGCACAGUGCACUCACAAGAUGACCCUGCAGAUGCAGGCUGUCCCGACAACAGCAGCAGCGAUGAGGAAGUUUGCAAGGAAAGACAACCUCUCCUCGCCAACAAGGAAGCUGCUGAUGAUCUACCACACGAGAUGCGGCAGCUCCGCGUUCACCACGCCAUGUUGCCAACGCCCCACAGGUUGGACCCACGGCUCCAAGGGCAGGUGGCAGCCUGGACUUUCCGAAAAUUUCCCAUGGAAGGAAAUGCAGGCGCAGAUGCCAGGGAUUCGACUCCCGCUGGUCGGCCGCUGAAUGUGGCCAUCUCAGCGCCUUUGCGGUAUCUUUGCCACAGGGCCAUGCCGUUCCAGCUCAUCCAGCUCAGGCGGCACCCACCGUUGCCAGAGGAGGUGCUGUGGUGCCGAAGGGCAGCAUGGUGGUGCACCUUCCUGCUG